UCAGUCGGUGUGCAUUUGCUUGUGUGUAUGAGUGUGAGUGUGCGUGUGUGCGUGUCUGAAUGCGAACAAGUUGAUAUUAUUUUUAAUUUCGUGAACACCUAUGAACAAAUCCGUGGAGGUAACGGCGAGCGAGCCAUCAUCCAGAGCCGCGCGAGGACAAGAAGAAAGACUUUACGGAGGCUCCGAUGAACUCGAAGAUAAGUUUGCUGCGUAGAGUCUUUGAAAACAAGCCACAUCUACGCAGUUUAACCAAUUUCGGCGUGUCUUCUUGAACACUACGUUAACUUUAAGCAAGUCCGUGCAGCUGCUCGAGCGUCUUUUUAUUUAUUUUUAUUUUUUGUGUAGUUUGAAGUCCAGUUAUAGUCCCGUGUGCCUUCCUUUAAAUGUGUACAAUCCCUCAUGUAAUGAAGUUAGAGUAAACGUCACAUAAUACACAGUAAUAAAAUAUUGUAGGGGGAAAGCCAUAAACUACGCAGAUAAAAUGCUGAAGACACUGACGAAGAAGCUCAGAAGACAUUCACUCAAUGAGAUACAUCCUUUCCAGCUGAAGAUUUCUUACCAUGGCGGCGGAGAGGGAGGGGAGAGUGAUGACUCAGAAGGGGAGAACCAGGAGCUUGCACAGAUUGACAGAGAGAGGCGGAGAAAUUGUGCCCUCACCCCUUUGGCCACCAGCCAACAGCACAACCAGGGUCCCCUCUCUCCAGCCCGGUUAAGGCGCCUCCGCCUCCUUUUAGAUGCCAAUCUGGAUCGGCACUCUUCAGAGGAAGAGCUGGAGCGUAUCAGCUGUGGGGACAACAGGAAAUGGGUGUCUGCGCUUCCCCAGCGACACAGUGAUCACCACAGUAGCGCCUCCAGUGAUGAGGAGGUGCGGGACCUCUGUGGGUGUGGGUCUCCAGCUGCGUCUGCCAGGCCGCUGGUUGAGCCUGGUGCUUGCUUGGCAGCAUCUCCCAGUCCUGUUCUCUUCAGCUCCAGUCCACCACGAAGCCUCAAGCCACCCCCCAUGAGGUUUCAGCUGCAGGUGGUUCAGCCCAUUGCACGGCCAAUCAUUUUAACCCACUUUGACCAGUCAGCACCUUACAGAAAAUAUCGACACAGUUAUGGAGGAGAGCCAGGAAGGCCCAGUUUGGACCUGGAGAAAAUGCAACAGAAAAUGCUGCUGAAAAAGAACUGUGGUGGGAAGACACGGACUAUAAAGAUUCGGAAUCUGACAGGAAGUCGCCCUCCACCCCGGUACACCUACGAUCCCUCCAUCUUCGCCUUUCGCUCCUUGAGCACAGUGCCCCCCUGCAGCCCUCUGACCCCGUCUGAGGAUCCGCCCUGCUCAUAAGAAAAUCCAUCCAUCUGUCUGAUAAUCUCCCGCCAGUUCAUCAUUUUCAGACAGCUGCUUUUUUGUGGCUUUUGCAGCGAGACCAAGAAGUGACAGUUAGACUGCUAGAAAGAGACGUUUGUUUGAAGUUGGAACUUUUGCACACUCAGGUAACCCAUCCUGUCAUCAAUCUUGCUCUCCACCUAAAAACAAUAGGAACAUUUGGGGAAUAAAAUGGCCUAAACACAUUUCUAAGGAUACUUCAGGUUUUGCUUGUACAUCUCUAAGAGGUGAUCCUGAGAUCAUAGGAUGAACGGAUGAGAAGCAAACUUGGACUUUUGUGAAGAAGUGGUACAAAAGGGACAAGGCCAACCAUUUUUAAACCUGAAUUUAUUCUGGGUUGGAACAAUAUUCAAGGGAAAUAAUGCAUGUAAGACAAUCAAAUGGUUUCAAGGUUUCUUCCUUUGAUGUGAUUACUGGACAUCAUCUUAAGGUUCUUGGUAACUUUAUAUACUAAACAUGGCAAGGUGAGUCAUCUGAUAUCCUGUUAUUGUUGAGAUGAACGUAGACUGUCUGGUCAAACUACUUCUUUCAAUGUGUCAUUGAAUAUGCAGGUCAUGACGAGCUAUAACAAACAUGUAUGACAUGUAUGUAGUUGAAUAGUUGACCUUUGAUGAUGUACGUUUGUUGAUGAACUUUUCACUUUUAGUCCAGGUCAGAGUUAAGUACUUGUAUCCUCUUUCCUUGCAUGAAUUCCGCUGUUUUGCAGAAAGAGAGGUAUGUGGAAAUAAGGAAGUAUGACAAUAGUUUGCUGCACAUUUGGCAAGUGUAACUGGUGCUAUGUUAUGCAUAGCCUAUUUGUAGUGUGCCAUUUUUUCCAAUAUUGUACCUCAUUACUUUCUAGGUAGAAGAGGACCACUGGUGUAUGAGGACAUCCCAGUGUUUUCUAAAGAUCUCUUAAUGCCUUGAAAUCACAUUCCUGUUGUAAUGAAUGAAACUUGAAGGAGUUUGCGGCUCCUUUUAUGAGUCCAUCAAUCGAUUGAACAUGAUGUCACCACUGUAACUAAGAUUUAGCCGAAGUGAAUGUAACAUUGUGACAUGUUUUGGUCCAUUGUUGCACAUAAUGAAUCAAUAAAUGCCCUGUGGCCUCUUGUUUAGGA